AUGUCACCGCUUCGCCGAUGCCUGCCUUGGCAGCGGCCGGCUGAGGCUGGGCCUUCUGUGCCCGACAAGCCGCCUUGGGGUGUCCAGUAUCGCUCGUCGACCUUCUUUAUCGUCGGCUGUGUCUGCUUUGCCAUCUUCACCGACAUCUUCCUCUACGGGCUCAUUGUGCCCGUCAUGCCGUAUGCGCUGACCGAGCGCGCCGGCAUCCCGCACGACGACCUGCAGCGCUGGACCACGAUCCUUGUCGCCACCUACGGCAUUGCCCUCUUUGUGGGCAGCCCCAUUGCCGGCAUCUACGCUGACCACACCUCGUCGCGCCGCUGGCCGCUCCUGCUGGGCCUUAUUGCGCUUGGCGCCGCGACUGUCUUGCUGUGCGUCGGCCGCAGCAUUGGCGUCUUCGUUGCUGGCCGUGUCCUGCAGGGCUUCAGCGCCGCCGUCGUGUGGAGCGUGGGCCUUGCGCUGCUGGCCGAUACCAUGGGCCGGCGCAUCGGCCUCGCCAUGGGCUAUGUGGCCAUCUCGCUGUCGGGAGGCCUGCUGUUUGCGCCACUGAUUGGCGGCGCUGUCUACGCGGGCUCCGGCUACUAUGCCGUGUACUACGUGGCGUUUGGCCUGAUUGUGCUGGACAUUCUGUUGCGGUUGCUGCUGAUCGAAAAGAAGAUUGCGUGCCGGUGGCUCAAGGCGGAGGCAUGUACCGCAGAGGCACCUGUCGAUCUGCCGCGGCCGCCCACCGCCGACGAGGAGGCGGCUGGGGGUGCUGCGGGCGUCACGCCCGCCGUUGCCCAUGCCAGCCGCGUCGUCAGCCAUGUGAGUGACACCGGGCUGCCCCCGACGCCGCCCGAGAAGAGCACCUUUCAGCGCAUCUGCAUCCUUUUGCGCUCGCGCCGCCUGAUCUUUGCGCUGCUCGGCAUUCUGAUUGACGCCGGCGUCAUGACGGCGUACGACACGGUGCUGCCGCUGUAUGUGCAGGAGACGUUCAACUGGUCGUCGACAGCUGCGGGCCUGAUCUUCUUUGCGCUCUUUAUCCCGCCGCUUGUCCUGUCGCCGCCCGUCGGAGUGCUCGCCGACCGCUGGGGUGCCAAGUGGCUCUCUCUCGUCGGCUUUGUCGCGCUCGUCCCGCUGCUUGUGUGCCUGCGGCUCGUCGACCACAACACCUACCAGCAAAAGGUCCUUCUUGGCGUGCUGCUGUCACUGGCGGGCGUUGCUCUGACCUUUUCCAACGUGCCGCUCAUGGCCGAGAUCAGCUUUACGAUCGAGGCCGAAGAGGAGCGCAACCCGGGCGUCUGGGGCAGCAAGGGCGUCUACGGCGUUGGCUAUGGCCUGUUCAACACAGCCUUUGCCCUCGGCAGCGCCGGCGGCAGCUUGAUGGCGGGCUACAUCCACGCCGACUAUAGCUGGGCCACGAUGGCCUGGGUAGUAUCCAUCUGGUGCGGUGUGGGCGCUCUCAGUGUCGCUUUCGGUGUGGGCGAGUUUCGUGUCGGUCCGCCGGCCAAGCCAAAAUACAACUCUGCCAUGGACGCUGGGGCCGUGUUGGCGCGUGCACCGGCUGCGCCUGAGAAGACGGCCGGUGGCCCUGUCUCUGCACCUGCUCAAACAUUUGGGGCUGAAAUUGGGGCAGCCAAUCACUCUAGCGGGACUGCGGCUGCCGUGACGGGCACGAAGUAG